GGAAGCGCAGCUGCCUCACGAAUUCUUCGCGGGAGAGAAACAGAGGGAAUGAGGUGAGCGAGCGAAGGGAUUGUUUGCGUGGGAAUCCACCGCCCGCUCAAGACCCCAGGCCGCUCUAUCUCCUUGUCCAGCUGAGGAGUCUUCCAUCUGGUUACUCAGAAUACCUCCGCUGAAGAUGAAACAGGAAGCUUCCCGAAGUGCAUCCUAUACUGUGGAAUGUGAAGAUUAUGUGCAUGUGGUGGAAUUCAGCCCAUUUGAGAGCGGAACUGCAGAUUCUCUGAUAGCAUAUGGUGGCAAUCAUUAUGUGGUUGUUGGAACUUGCAGGUUUCAGGAGGAAGAUGCAGAAGUGGAAGGAAUACAGUAUAAAACACAAAGAAUAUUUCAUCAUGGAAUUAGAGUUGAUGCCAUUGGAUGGAGUCCAGAAAGUAGACUUGAUGCUUUACCUCCUCAGAUACGGUUUUGUACUGCUGCUUCUGAUAAGAAGCUAAGAUUAUUCACAUCAGAUCUCCAAGACAAGGAUGAAUAUAAGGUUUUGGAAGGCCACUCUGAUUACAUUAAUGAUUUGGUGUUUUCACCUAAAGAUGGCCAACAAAUUGCGAGUGUGAGCGAUGACCACACUUGCAGAGUCUGGGACUUGGAAGGGAACUUGAAAAAUUAUUUUAUUCUACAUUCUCCUGGAAUGAGUGUGAGCUGGCAUCCCGAAGAGGAAUUUAAGUUGAUGGUCGCAGAGAAGAAUGGAACAAUCCGAAUCUAUGAUCUUGUGACCCAUCAAGCAGUUUUGUCUCUCACAACUGAUCAGACACCACUGAUGUCAGCAAGCUGGUGUUUGAAAAAUACUUUUAAAGUUGGAGCAGUUGCUGGAAGUGACUGGUAUAUCUGGGACAUUGCACGAUCUAGUUAUCCUGUGGAAAAGAGACCUGUCCAUGCAGAUAGAGCCAGAUUAUUCAGGUGGUCCAAAGUCAAUGAAAAAUUGUUCGCUACUACUGGCUAUCCAGGAAAGAUGACCAGUCAACUUCUAGUUCAUCAUUUAGGACAUCCUCAGCCCAUCCUUAUUGGUUCUGCUCCUGUAGGAUCUGGUUUAACGUGGCAUAGAACACUUUCAAUAUGUGCCAUGGGAGGAGAUCAUAAACUUUUUUUCUGGGCAACUGAAUUGUAAAUAUUUAUACAUGCUAGUUAAAUGCUUUGGAUAUAGGGAUUAUAGGGGCUGUCACAAAUACUGAAAUAUACAGUGUGUGUUUUAUAUUUUAUACAUCCAAUAAAUAAAGAGUUUGCGUGGCGGCACUUUAGAAUUGCAACAGUUAAGCACAGCUUCAUUGCUGUUGGAGUAAAAGGUAGAAGGGAGGGAAUGCUGGAUACAGACUCAGCAGGCAUGGCUGUAGACCAAAAUUGACAUUUCACCUAAAUCAUGCUCAUUAGGUGGUUUCAACUGAAUGCAAAUUGCCAUUUUUUAGGCAGAAGAGGCACUGGUCACUGUGUCAUGACCAUAUUGUUAUACAUUAAAAUUGUGAUUGCAUUACUUGUUUGAAUUGUUCCCACAAAUACAAAAUGGAUACAAUAAAAUAAACAUUAUGCAUUCAAA